AUGGGGCUUCUUUCGAUACUAAGAAAAAUUCGGCAGCGUGAGAAGGAGAUACGGUUACUCGUUCUCGGUCUCGAUAACGCUGGAAAAACCACAAUACUUAAACGGUUAAACGGAGAACCGAUAGAUAAACUUUCACCAACCUUAGGAUUUAACAUAGAAACAUUAGAACAUAAUGGGUAUAAGCUGCACGUAUUUGACGUGGGAGGUCAGAAAUCAAUUCGAUCUUACUGGCGCAAUUAUUUUGAGCAGACAGACGGCGUUAUUUGGGUGGUGGAUAGUGCUGAUCGAAUGCGCAUUGGCGAUUGUAGUAAGGAAUUACAUGCUUUGUUACAAGAAGAGCGUUUAGCAGGAGCCUCGCUUCUUGUAUUUGCUAAUAAACAAGACCUUCCAGGCGCAUUAACUGAUCAGGAAAUAAGAAAGGGUUUACAACUCGACGAAAUUGUCACACAUCAUUGGGCAAUACAAGCAUGUAGCGCCGUCACCGGUGAAAACUUGCUUGUUGGCAUGGAUUGGAUAGUUGGUGAUAUUGCAUCGCGUAUUUAUUUGCUUGAUUAA